GAGGAAGCCAUUAAUGAUCACCAUAUCAGUCACAGACGCGCACUCACACGGAGAAGGAAGGAGGGAAGGCGCGGUGAAACUGACUGCACCAAAAACAAAUCCGUGACUCUGAUUGGAAAUGGCGACCAGUAAGGGCUACUUCGCCAGACCAAGCUACCGUUUCCUCCCUGGGGACAGAGACAGAGAUUCCCCACCCAUGGCUUCCGAUUCCAUCUUUGAAUUCGACGAGUCUGACAUUUAUAACUCCACUCGCAACAACUCGCCCGAGUUCCGCAAGCCCGUUCACGCCUCCCGCAUGGGCAGGAAAUCGUCUUCGUCCAAGCUAUCGGAUCCGGGAGGUCGCGCCUCCGGGACUCCGGCGUCGCUCCCGGUCAACAUUCCGGACUGGUCAAAGAUCCUCGGCGAGGAGUACGGACAGAACCGGAGGAGAGACAGCAUCGACGACGACGACGAGAGUGAAGAUGGAUGCGACGGAGGCGGCGGGAGGGUGCCUCCUCAUGAGUUUCUGGCAAGGACGAGGAUGGCCUCAUUCUCGGUGCACGAAGGGGUUGGGAGGACUCUGAAGGGACGAGAUCUCAGCCGGGUCCGAAAUGCGAUUUGGGCCAAAACCGGGUUCGAGGACUAGUUCUUCGCGCAAGAACAAAGUCCAGAUUAAAAUUUUUUUCCCUCCUUGUAUUUUGUUUUUUUUUGGCGAGUAUUAGUGUAUUCCCGAUGAGAAAAAGAGGUUUUAAUUUUGAAUAUUUGUAUUGAUUGAUUAGAAAUCUGAGUUUUUACUGGGCUUCCAAGAGGAAAUAGUGAAGAAAUUCUGGGUGCGAUUGGAUCCAAA